AUGCGUCUUAAACCAUUGCUUCUGAAAACUGUCCUUUUACUUCUACUGGUCUGUUGCUAUGCUUCUGGCUCAGCUCGAGAACUACUAAUACCGAAAAAGGAAUGCGAGAAAGUCUCAAGCGUGGAGGUCCGUUAUAAUGAGUUUUACGAGCUCUAUUUAGGCCAUGGCGAUGAAAAAGACGAAAUUCAAGAACAUGGAAUUGUAUACCGGAGCUUAAUUGGAGCGGUCGAAGCUUGUUGUCCUGGAAUGGCCCUUAAUUUUACCCUUGUAAAUAGAUCGGUUGAGUCCAUUGUUCAGGAAGACAUAUUGCAUCACCAUGAUGUUCAAAAUGGUUCUCAUUUGAUUUUCUAUUUUCCGGAGUUCACAUCCCAGGGGAAUUUAGGUACGAGGAAAUAUGAUCAUUAAAAUAACCUAGCACUGAAACCUUUUUAAACUGUUACUCUAUUAGUUACGUCGGCUGGAAGGUAAUCAAGGUUUGCAGCAAUCCAGCACUCCUCCUACAACACAUCACUCCUCCUGCAAUACAUGAAAAUCUCAACAUAUCUAAAUAAGCCGUAUAAUAUAAAAUCCCUUCCCAUAUACUCUCAAAUUAGUGUUCUCCAAACUUCUAAAUUAAUCCAAAAUUGUGUUUUGAACAACGCUGCAAAUCUUUUAAGAAAUCUCAAAAUCCAUGCAAUAUUAUAUGAAUUUUGAAUUCCCAAACUUUACGUACCGUACGCCUUCUUCUGAGUAUAUAAUACAUCUCUCGGAGGAUGUAUUCUCCUGAGAGGGCACAAAAAAAACGUAAGAGGCGGUCAAUAUUCUGUUUUUGAUCUUUCGACGUUGCCACAAUCGUUUCCAUUCUCUUUCACUCAUUUACAUACCCUUGGAGGUAUUAAGGGAAGAAACCCUCAGCAGUCAGCAAGCAUUACCUAAAAUAAACUCGAACGGUUUGCGCCAGGCCUAUAGGGUAUAGGUAGCGAACCGAAGCAAGGCUUAAUCUACUACGGGGACGUGUCUGACAAAAAGAGCCUUAUAUAAAUUUUACACUUUUACACUUAAAAUUUUAAAGAACUAUUGUUACUAAGAACCUCAAACAAGAAAUUGGGAAGGAACGAACAAUUAAAAUCCCACGGAAGUUUUGGACGUCGCCGUCGCUCUAUUUGCCCCAGUAAAAUAUACAGAGUAACACGUCUUAUAUGAAACGCUUACAUUUCAAGCUAGGACAACUGCUUUCAAUUGGGUCCUAGAACUUUUCUCAACACUGUGUUAAAUUUUUAAUAUCUGUUUUUAGAGGUCUACUCGCAUAAGGUUCCGUUUCUGAAGUUGCGAAAAUCGCCUGGGUUUGCUUUAGUAAUGUUGAAGAGCGACUCACAUUUGCACAUAUCUGCGAUAGAUAUUAUUAAGCCAUCGUGGCCAAUUUUUGCGCUGGUAGUGUCACUUUCCUGGGCAGUUGGCAUCAUUGGCUGGGCAUUGGUGAGUACCUGAAUAGCAGACAGCUCAUUCACUGAUUUAUGAUCAUUACAUAGUCAAUAUAUUUCUAGAAUUUAAGGAGCAGUCAUAAUUUAUGGCGCGGGGGGAGGGGGGGUGGCACCGAAGAGAGAAGGGUUGGGCAAACAUUGUUUUGAGUGAGUAAAUAGUUGGGUGAAUGAAGAACAAAACAAUUCGAGGGUUGGGUAAUAAAAAUUUAUUGUCAUUUCCAAACAGUGACUUACACAAAUAUUGAGGACCAAAAAGAAAUGUCAACAGUCGUAUGUCAAUACAACAUGGCCAUUAGUAGACAAAUGGUGUCUCCAAAGAAAGUACUACAAGUGCUGACAACAUAAAACUUUAGACUGCAUAAAAUUGCACAAGCAGUUGCCAAACUCAUGUCACAGAAGUGGGAAAGGACAUGUGUGACAACUGAAUGUUAUCCGUUUGUGAAAUGUUUGGUCAGGAGUGGGUAUUUAGUUUUUGAUUAACAUUUGAGGUUGUUUUGACUUUUUAAUGGUUGGAUCAGCAAACGUUUUACCAAGAAACAUGUUUCUUUUCGUGACGCCCCCGCUAUUAAUAGUGACCGAUCCCUAAGCAACAUUUGAAAAAUCUGAAAAAUAUUUCCAUAUAAUAUUCUUUCAAAUAUAUGGGACAAACUAAAUUGCCAUAUCCCAAUUUCUUCUAUCUAGGACCAUCGUUCAAACCCUGGAGAAUUUCCCACCCCAUUUGUCCGAGGAAUGUUUGAAGGAUUUUGGUGGGCCGUAGUGACAAUGACGACUGUAGGGUAAGCUUAUACUGAUGUAGAGGGUACAUGGUUAAUGGACCUACUCCCAAAUGAACAAAAUUUUGUUCUAGACAAGUUUAGACAAAAAUUUCACGAGAGUUAGAAAGAGCAUUACAAAAUUAGUAAUAUUCCGAAGUUUCGUUGCGACAUGUUGUAAAAUGAGGAUAAUAUAGCCCUGCGAAGUUUGCCGUUUUUCAGUCAUUUUGUAUUACGAGCGCGAAAUUGAUAACUUUUUUCAGAAAGCGGUAUCAAUUUCCCGUGCGUAAUACAAAAUGACUGAAAAACGGCAAACUUCGCAAGACUAUAUUAUCUGCAUUUUACAACGUUUCGCAACGAUCGAAACUUCGGAAUAUUACUAAUUUUGUGAUGCUCUUUCUGGCUGUGAUGAAAUUUUUGUCUAGACUUGUCUAGAUCAAAAUUUUGUUCAUUAGGUAAUAGGUCCAUUGAGUAUUUUUGCUGGUGUUCUUAGCCUUAUUACCUUGUAGCAGAUGGUGGUCAACUUCAGAAACAUUGACACUUCUAGUACGAAGCAAGAAAUUUAACAGGGAGCUGUAUAUAUCUGGAGUAAGAAUUUCAGUCGUUCGGCCUAUGAGAAAUGAAUUAAGUGAAGCCGCAAGAUGGCGGAAAUUGAGGUCCAAUAGCAAUGAAGGUCGUAAACAGUUUCAAUAUACUGUAUAUAAUUGUUCCCACCUAAUUCCAAAUUUUUCUAACUCAGCCUAUUGCUAACCAAGUUUAUAUGAGGUCAUAAAACCAUAGUAUUAUUCUUUAAAUCUAGGUCAGAAUACGAAAUUUCGGCACGAUCCUUGCCAGCACGGCAGUUGGUGCCAACCCCGCAGUCAAAACAAUAGAAAGGAACUGGAACUGACGUCCAGUAGCUCUGUCGCACUCGAGGUGUCGCUCCAGAUAUAUAUGUAGCUCACUGUGCACAACAUGCUUCAUAAGGGAUUGCAGGAUCAAAGUUUCUGAAAAUAUAACACCAACGUCGACGUUUUGAACGACGGCCCUUCCAAAGUUCGUUUUAUACCUUUCAGGUAAUUUGAUCCUAUAAUACUUUUUGUUUGUGGAAACACCACGUAAAUUUAUUACUGCAAAGCUUUCGAUCCGUAAGCCCGGUGUUUCAUUAGCUUCCUUGAGACUUACUUUUUCCAGUGGUUCUGCCCCAAUGGCUUAUUGUUGCUCAAUAAUGUCUGCCCCAAUGGCUUAUUGUUGCUCAAUAUUGCUGCAAUCCACGCCAUCUUGGUUGAUUUUCAUGGCAACUAAAAAUCUAUAUUCUUCAUUCUUUGUCGUAUUGUGUCAGAAAUGCAAACUAUCCGUAAUACAGUAAGUUGUUUUCAAAACAAACCAAAAAUAUUAAAGUAGCUCAACUAUUUGGAUGUAAACGGCUGGAAAGAACUUUCAAAUCAACCAAGAUGGCGCCUAAUGACACGUAGUGACGAUAUGUGCAAGCAAAGAAUUGCUAAUUAUAUAAUUCAAUUCACUUUCAAACAGGAUUUUUCAAGAGGUUUACUUUAUUUUUAACAACGUUUCGGACAGUUUUACUGUCCGUCUUCAGGUUAUUACAACUUUGUAAAUGUCUUGGAAACAUUUACAAAGUUGUAAUAAUCUGAAGACGGACAGUAAAACUGUCCGAAACGUUGUUAAAAAUGAAGUAAACCUCUUGAAAAAUCCUGUUUGAAAGUGAAUUGAAUUAUAUAAUUAAUGAUGACCAGAGGUGAAAGUUUUAGAAAAAUAAUUAAAGAAUUGCUGCUUUCCAAUUAAGCGUUUUUUUAUACGUGCGUGGACGCGUAAUUUCAUAUCAGUACUAAUGGCCUAGACAAAAACAUAUUAAAUCAAACAGAAAACUCGAUGCUGUCUUUUUAUUUUAUUCAGUUAUUUCAUCAGUAUAAAAUUUAGAAAGAUUAUAACUUUUCCAAGCGUGUACGCACGUAUAUGAUUUUGCUUAAUUUAACUAGAAGCAUCCAUUACUACCAUUGCGUUCACGUUUGAAGCGUGCAGAAAUUUUCAUGUUCGUUUACGUUUUAAACGCAACGUUUCAGAGGGUUAUUACGCCCGUUUGACUAAUGUAAUUGAAUCGUUUGAAGUCUGCUACGGUUAUUAUUUGUAACGUGAUAUGUCAUGUUUUGUUUCAAUUCCAAUUCCAUGUUUUGUUUCAGUUGUUUCAUUCUGAUGUUUGAAUUAUUAAUUACUUUAAUUUGAUUGAUCGUUGGUGUUCGUAUUCCACUAUAAGAAUAUAUUGAGAUUGAUUUAAUUAAUAGUAAAUAGGGGCUAAAUAUAGGGUGGGGUUUAUUCUUUUUUCGGUGCUUUUGUACUGGGGUAUUUUUGAAAAGGGGGGCUAAAAAGAAGAAUUACGACAAUAAACGCAUCUAUAAUAUCCAUCAUGUUUCAGAUAUGGUGACAAAGCACCCAAGUCAACCAUCGCACGAAUUCUCUGCAUUCUGUGGAUAUUAGCUGGAGCUAUCCUACUCUCACUAUUCACUGCUAACACAACAUCUAUUAUCACUGCCAGUAGAAUUGAGAAGAAUUCACAGACUACGGGCAAAAAGGUAAAAUUUAGGUUAUGACGAAAUAGACGUAUAGCUAAUAAUCUAAUAAAUUCUCACGCUUCUUUGUCUCAUAGACACUGGGAAAUUUAAAACAUUUCCAUACUGUGCAAAUUCUACGGAAAUUAUAUGGAAAAAGGUUAGAAAUUCAAUUCCAAAAGUUUUGGACACUUUCAUAGUAUGGAGCUUUCCCAGAAGAAGUGUGGAAAUUUGUAGAAAACUUGGAAAACCAAAGUAUGGCCAGAUCUCCUCUCCCUUAAACUCCCUUUAUCUAAUAUACGCCACUUACCUCCAGAGACAUUUAAGAUUGUUCUGUUUAUGUUUUAAAAUCGAAGCUGCGAGAUGGCAAUUUCCCGUGUUUCCAUACAGUUAUAGAAACACGCUUCUCGACCAAUCAACACUCGCGUACUAAAAACGUUAUGUUAUAAAAUUAGUGUAGUUGAGCAUUUAUUAGAUUAGACGUUUGUUAAAUUGUUAAUGUUGGAACAUUUAUACAGUAUGCUGUAAUGCAGUGUAGGAACUGUAAAUUUAAGUGUAAGAGUCUUGAGUGUGUUCUUGUAAGAAGCGUAAAACUGUCUUAUGUAAGAAUAAACUCCCUGUCUAAUAAAUGCCUUUUACCGUAUAAAUAUACGCCUAGGAGUUGGGGGGGGGGCAGUUAUUAGAUCAUUACAAUAAAUUAUGGAAUGCAGUUUUCUGAUUAACGUCAGUCACAUUUGAGAAUGCUUGAUAUAUUGAUCUUAUUUUAUACACUGCAUCCAUUCAUCCUUUCAGUAUUGCUUAUACUCUGUUCCAGCAACUUGUUCACGCCAAGGAGUAGGGGAACGGGGGCUGGGUGGGGGGUAUUAGAUCAAUUAUGGUAUGCAGUUGUUUGAUUAACGUCAAUCACAUUUGAGAGUGCUUGAUAUAUUGAUCUUAUUACAAUAAAUCCAUCCAUCAUUUCAGUCUUGCUUGUCCUCUGUUCCAGCAACUUGUUCAUUUAUUUUUAUUAUUUUAUUUCGUUUUUUAUUAUACUCCAUUUCACGCUUUUCUAUUCAAUCCCGUUCUGUUAGGUUGGAGUCGUUAAUAUGAAACAAUUUGUGGAGGCAGAAUUGAAUCUUGGAGCUCACAUUAUUG